ACCUAUAGGUGUGCGGCACAGGUAUGCAUUCGCAUAGCAAUGGGAUACACACAUAGAGAUACAGGUGUUUAACAAACAAAACAAGUUAUGUGUUGUUUUGGUAGACCUUUGAUUGUCUUUUGGAGCGCUUUUUUCCGAACUUUUUCUAUGAUUUGUUUGUUUACUUAACUAUAAUUAGUUAAAACAUAAUUAUUUAUACAAAAGUUUUUUUAGUCGUUUUCAAAUUCAGUUCAAAACUGAUUGUCCAUUUGUCCCGUGCGUUAUGAAACACACAGACAUACCGUCCCAUAAAUGCCUUAUAAUCAUCACAUUUGUUACAGUUAUAUAUUUAUCAACUCCAGUCGUAAGCAUCAAGUGUUGGGUUUGUCACUCAGACGCCGAUCCCAAAUGUGCCGAUCCUUUCGACAACUCGACUCUUCCCAUCAAAGACUGUCGAGAAGUCAAAUACAGUCAUUUGACUGUCGAUGAUGAAUAUGAAAGAUUAACCUAUGAUUACGAAAAACGACAUGGGUUAAAACCAGACAAACCCCGACCAUCAAAGCUAUUGGAGGCCACAAUGUGUCGUAAAAUUAGACAAAAAAUUCACGGAAACUGGAGGACUAUUAGAGGGUGCGCUUUCCUGGGACAACCAGGUGAAGGCACCGGUAAUGAACACAAUUGCCUCUACAGACAAGGUACACAUGACAUAUAUCAGGAGUAUUGCACCUGUAAUAGUAAAGACGGCUGUAAUGUCGGUGCACUGGGAAGUCCGAUAUUUAAAUUGAUUGUCAUAAUGACGAUCAUGACAUUGAUAAUCUCAAAAAUGAUUUGACGACAAUAAUUGUUAUAAUAAUUAACACAAUUGCUCAUUAUUUAAAUGCACAUAUAAUUAUAUCA